AUGUUCUUGCGGUGUGGCCGUCCUAGUUCUCUGAAAGAUGGGAUAUUUGUCAUGAUUAUUGAAGCAAUUGGAGAGAUAUUACCACAUGUAGGUUGUUCAUUAUGCGGUUGGAGUUGA